AUGUGCCAUCCACUAAGCACAUGCUUGGUCUUCAAUUGGAUUAUCUCCAUCUCCCCUGGUUUUGAUCGGGACACCGAGAUUGUCGCCGUAAGCAAGUACGCCGACGGCACUGACGACAUCGGUCUCCUGUUCCUCGCUGUGAGCCUGAAAGACACACCUGAGGAGGCGGAAGCAGCCCUUGCUCCCGGUCAGCAGUCUCGCCCAGCUGACGCUAUCGAAGAAUGGUUCUGUCGGGAAGACAUGCUUGAGGAAGCUUUUACUACCCUUCCACAUCGCAAGGCAUGUGCUCUGUUGUAUGCCAUGAACCCUUGCAGUCGUCGGACUCUGCCGGACAUGGCACUGAGCACGCACUCGGACCACUACUUUGCUCUGUACACUAUGUGGAAGGAGGAAAAGGACAAUGCCCGUUGCCAGGCCUGGGUUCGAAGUGUAAUGCAGCAAGUCCAGCGACAUUCGGUUGCGGCUUACCUGGGAGAUUCCGACUUCCAAGAAUGCUCAACGCGCUACUGGUCAGGGAGAAAUGGGUGCCGGCUAAUAGAGGUUCGGCGGAAAUUUCUGUUUAAGGAGAUUAGACCUGGUUCCCAGGCUCUGGCUUCCAUUCUGGUUUCGGUCUCCCCAAACCUGGAGAGGCUGACACUGUGCCCAGUCGGCCAGGAACUCCCCAAACAAGUGAUAGCAAGUGAUUUGGAGGCAGGCAGAGAAAUCAACACUCCAGAUUACUUCUUUAAGCAUUUCCUGGAGCGCUCAACGGGCAACAGGGACCGGCCGUUUCUCCAGAAUCUCAAAACAGUCAGAUUCAUACCCGAUCCCGACAACGAUUCUGGGGGCUACAUGGAUCUGUACUAUCAGGAGUAUGAUCUUUAUGGCAGUUUGAACCUGGUUCGCCGGCUUCCAGCCAUUGAUUCUGUGCGCCUGGAUGCCAUCACGGAUCCUGAAGAGAGUAGUGUUCGGCCGCCGUCUCGUUCGGCGAAUUACACCAAGAUUGUGAUCCGCAAUUCAAGCAUAGACUAUCACUAUCUGACGGAUGCUAUUGAUUCCGCGAAGCGACUCAAAGAAUUCACAUUUUCUGUGGGCGGUCAUGCCUCAAUCGACGGAUCCUUCCGUCUGUUCUAUCCAGAUGCAGUGUUCGGAUCCCUCCUCCUCCAUCGGAAUACUCUCGAACAUCUAGAUCUGGAUGUGGAUGGCGAGAUCCCACUCCGGGAAAGCUUCGAUCCGAGCCUGGGACAGUACUUUUUUGCUGAUGAUGAUCCUGGUCGCAACGAAGAGGAAUACCAAUUUGAAUGGGAAGAGGAGCCGGAGGAGCUUCGGAAGGUAGAGCAGAAAUCUGCAGAAAAGGGCGAUUCUCCUUCUUCUUGCUCCUUGCGAAGCUUCGUACAGCUGAAGCACUUGAGUCUGGGGAUUCAUCUACUGUAUUACUUCGCAAGGGGUAUUUGUGCUGAGCAGCUUGCGGACGGAGCGUUCUCCGUCGUAGAUCAGCUGCCACCGAGUCUCGAAUCGCUCUGCAUCUAUGGCUACAUAAAGGGGAUGAAGCCUCCGCUCGAUGAAUUGCCAGCAGAUCUGUUCGAUACCGAGAUGGCGAAGUUGAUGGCGGAAAAGGAUCAGAAACUGCCUCUCCUAAGAGUCAUUGAGGGUAUCGACACAACGAUUGAAAAUGCGAAAACCAUCGACAACCUCAACGAGCAGGAGAAUGAGGUUUGGGAAAGAGAGAGCGACUGCGAAUGGACGGAUUAUGAAUAUUGA